UUUUGUGUUUCGGGCCGCAGCACAAACCGCUGCGUGAAAAACUAGUCCCACUGGAAUGCGCCUGGAUACACGCGUCCAGAACGCCCGCGACGCGCCACAUCGCCUCCUUUCCGCUCAUUAAACCGAGGCCAGCGCACAGGGAUCGGAUGUGGAGACCGAGAGAGACGCGAGGGCGAUGAAAAUCAACAAUAGCGAGCUGAAGAGCCUCGGAGAAAGAGUCGAGCCGCGCGCGAGGGAGGGUGAGGGAAAGGGGGAAGGGUUUGGACGCGUCCGGGCAUUUUUCCUGUGAGCGGAAGACGACGGACGGACGGCGAGAUGUCGCGGUCACGCUGAAACACCGAAACAAUCAAAUCGAUGAAAAACUGCAGCGGAGAAUCAACGCGAACAACCCGAAACACAGACGCGCGCGGCCGGAGCGAUGCGAGCGGCGCGGCGCGGUUGAGCGUUGAAGAUGGGUGCCGUGCUUCAGACUCUCUUACUGUGUACUUUGUGUUUGCAGAUACGCGGCCUGCCGCUGCUCCUGUAUGCUAACCGGAGGGACCUGCGUCUGGUGGACGCGGCUCACGGUCGGGCCAACGCCACUCUGGUGAUGGGCGGUCUGGAGGACGCGGCGGCGGUGGAUUUUAUCUAUGCGCAGGGCCUGGUCUACUGGAGCGACGUGAGUGAGGAAUCUAUUAAACGGACGCUGUUUAACGGCUCGGCGCCCAGCGGCGUUCAGACCACCGUCAUCUCCGGUCUGACCUCUCCGGACGGCCUGGCCUGCGACUGGAUGGGGAAUAAACUCUAUUGGACCGACUCCGAGACCAACCGCAUCGAGGUGGCGGAGCUGGACGGCAUGCACCGCAAGGUGUUAUUCUGGCAGGACCUGGACCAGCCGAGGGCCAUCGCUCUGGACCCGGGCCGCGGGUUCAUGUACUGGACGGACUGGGGCGAGAUCCCGAAGAUCGAGCGUGCUGGGAUGGACGGUUCGCUGCGCUCCGUCAUCGUGGAAACGGAGAUCUACUGGCCCAACGGCCUGACCCUCGACUACCAGCAGCAGCAGCUCUACUGGGCCGACGCCAAGUUCAACUGCAUACACCGAUCCAACCUGGACGGCUCCAGCAGGGAGGUGGUGGUGAAGGGCUCUCUGCCGCACCCGUUUGCGCUGACGCUGUACGAGGACACACUCUUCUGGACGGACUGGAACACGCGCUCCAUUCACUCAUGCCACAAACACACGGGCGAGAACAGCCGUGAGGUACACACCAACAUCUUCUCCCCGAUGGACAUCCACGUCUACAGCCAGAAGCGCCAGCCCAUGGACGUGGCGAGCCCCUGCUCUGUGAGGAAUGGAGGAUGUUCUCAUCUGUGUCUGCUGUCUCCGGUCAAACCCUACUAUCAGUGCGCCUGUCCGACCGGCGUACAGCUGCUGGAGGACCACAAGAGCUGCAGAGACGGCCCGUCUCAGCUGCUCCUGCUAGCGCGCCGCACAGACCUGCGCCGGAUCUCUCUGGACACGCCGGACUUCACUGAUAUCGUGCUGCAGGUGGAGGACAUCCGGCACGCCAUCGCCAUCGACUACGACCCAGUGGAGGGACACAUCUACUGGACGGAUGACGACGUGCGCGCCAUCCGCAGGUCCCUCCUGGACGGCAGCGACGCUCAGCUGGUGGUGACCUCGCAGGUGAACCACCCAGACGGCAUCGCUGUGGACUGGAUCGCACGAAACCUGUACUGGACCGACACCGGCACGGACCGCAUCGAGGUGACCCGGCUGAACGGCACCAUGAGGAAGAUCCUGAUCUCAGAGGAUCUGGACGAGCCCAGAGCCAUCGUGCUGGACCCCGUCGCCGGAUACAUGUACUUUACAGACUGGGGCGAGGUGCCGAAGAUCGAGCGGGCGGCUCUGGACGGGUCGCAGCGGCUGGUGCUGGUCAACACGUCUCUGGGUUGGCCCAACGGCCUGGCACUCGACUACAGCGAGAGGAAGAUCUACUGGGGGGACGCCAAGACCGACGUCAUCGAGGUGAUGGAGAUGGACGGUUCGGGCCGGCGGGUGCUGCUAGAGGAUAAUCUGCCGCAUGUGUUCGGCUUCACGCUGCUGGGCGACUACAUCUACUGGACGGACUGGCAGCGGCGCAGCAUCGAGCGCGUGCACAAGCGCAGCACUGAGCGGGAGGUCAUCAUCGACCAGCUGCCCGACCUCAUGGGCAUCAAGGCCACGUUUGUCCAUCAGACCUUCGGAGUGAACCCGUGUGCGUGGGCUAACGGCGGCUGCAGUCACCUGUGCCUGUACCGGCCUCAGGGUGUGUCGUGUGCGUGUCCCAUCGGCCUGGAGCUGAUGGCGGAUCUCAGCACCUGCAUCGUCCCCGAGGCCUUCCUGCUGUUUUCCCGCCACACCGACAUCAGACGCAUCUCCCUGGAGACCAACAACAACAACGUGGCCAUCCCACUGACCGGCGUCAAGGAGGCGUCCGCACUCGACUUCGACAUCACCGACAACCGCAUAUACUGGACCGACAUCACACUGAAGACGAUCAGUCGCGCCUUCAUGAACGGCAGCUCUCUGGAGCACGUGGUGGAGUUCGGUCUGGAUUACCCAGAAGGCAUGGCGGUGGACUGGCUGGGCAAGAACCUGUACUGGGCAGACACCGGCACCAACCGCAUCGAGGUGGCCAAGCUGGACGGGCAGCACAGGCAGGUGCUGGUGUGGAAGGAUCUGGACAGCCCCCGCGCACUCGCCCUGGACCCCGCUGAAGGAUUCAUGUACUGGACAGAGUGGGGUGGACGGCCCAAGAUAGACCGUGCAGCGAUGGAUGGGUCGGGCCGCAUCACUCUGGUGCCGAACGUAGGCCGAGCGAACGGACUGACCAUCGAUUACGCGGAGCGACGGCUCUACUGGACCGACCUGGACACCACACUCAUAGAGUCCUCCAACAUGCUGGGUCUGGAGCGUGAGGUGAUCGCAGAUGAUCUCCCGCACCCGUUCGGCCUGACGCAGUAUCAGGACUACAUCUACUGGACGGACUGGAGCCAGCGCAGCAUCGAGCGCGCCAACAAGACCAGCGGGCAGAACCGCACUGUCAUUCAGGGCCACCUGGACUACGUGAUGGACAUCCUGGUGUUCCACUCGUCCCGGCAGAGCGGCUGGAACGCCUGCGCCGCCACCAACGGCCACUGCUCACACCUGUGCCUCGCCGUACCUGUGUGCAGCUUCACCUGCGGCUGCCCCGCCCACUACUCCCUCAACACCGACAACAAGACCUGCAGUGCGCCGACGUCGUUCCUGCUGUUCAGCCAGAAGACUGCUAUAAACCGCAUGGUGAUGGACGAGCUGCAGAGCCCCGACAUCAUCCUGCCCAUCCACAGCCUGCGGAACGUGCGGGCUAUCGACUACGACCCGCUGGACCGACACCUGUACUGGAUCGACGCCAAGCAGAACGUGAUCCGCCGCGCACAGGAGGACGGAAACCAGAGUGUGACGGUGGUGUCCGGCGCUGUGGGUGGGUCAAACCUCGGCCUGCAGCCAUACGACCUGAGCAUCGAUAUCUACAGCCGCUUCAUCUACUGGACCAGCGAGCUCACCAACGUCAUCAACGUGACGCGCACAGACGGCUCGCGGGUCGGCGUGGUCCUGCGCGGAGAACACGACAAACCCCGCGCCAUCGCCGUCAACCCUGAGCGCGGGUGA